UGUUUCUUGUUUUGAGAGACGUCCUUAAAAAAGUAUACCCGAUUCCGUCAGUAUUCACAACUGGUCCAUGUCAGCUAAUCUUACCUCUCUUCUACCAAUCCUGGUGGUGAUUGUGACCCUUUACAGUCCAGUCUCCAGUGUCACAACUUGCACAAACUAUGUUAACGGGGUAGAGGAUACCAGAGAGUGUGCAUAUGCUUGUUGUUUGAGCGGUGGCAGCUACGCUAUAAACCUAAACGAAACAGAAGUCUGCGCCGAUGAAAACCAGAAAUGUUACAAUGAUAAACUUACGAUUCCAACCAGCUGUCCAAUAAAGGUACACGAAGAGUUCGAAAUGUACGAGUGUGGUGUGUCGGAAACUUGCUGCUAUCCACUGAACGAACCGGUACCUGAGUUUGAACACCAAGUUCCGAGAAAGAAUGCUGUGUGUACUUCUGAUGUUCCAGGCAACUGCAUAAAGUAUAACGGACAAGAUGGUUUUGACAUAUGGGGUCAGGAAGAUCUAAAAAAUUAUCAAGACGACUCUAGUUUAACUUCGAGAAAUGUGUACUGCUACGAGAACUGCAUGUCAGUCAUUAGCUCUAGUGUUUUCGGCCUUGAAAUUGAACUUGAAGACCUCGCCGACCUCAAUUGGCCAUCGUGCUCAAAAGAAAACGUCAGCUCAUGCUCAGCAACUACCGAAGAAGUAUGCCUUUUUCUCGACGUAAGCUUCAAAGCAGACAUCACCGUCCCAACACCACAAGGGUUCAUCACUACGCCAGGUGACAUGGACAUCAGAGCCUUUUACUGCGGCAAAUUAGACGAUGAUAUCAAACCAGAAAUCAAGUGCAAUAUUGUCAAGGAACAGUUUACCAGUCUGUCUGAUACACUCUACGCUGUUUCCACGAUUGAGUUAUCAAGUAUCCAAAUAGAUUGUGGCAAGUUGGAUAUGUGUGUAGAGAAUUGUGUGUAUGAAGAACACAGACCGAAGAAAAAAAAGGACUGUUAUGGUGGGGGAUAUUGUUGAUAGUUAUUCUGAUACUCAUUAUUGUAGUAGACAUUUUUGCUCUGUAUUGGAUGUUUUGCAAAAAAGAUUCGGUUCAUCCUAAAGACGACGAAGCUGAAAUAUACUUGGAAGAUGUCGGAAACCC